AUAACAAAACUUUGAUGUUGAAAAAUUUUGAAAGAUCAGUCAUUUUCUAUCAUUUGUAUCAGUUUCUACGUUUGAAUUAAAUUUACUACUUGUGCUUAUUCUAUUUUUGGCAAAAUGGGAAGUGAUUCUGAUAGUGAAGAAGAUCGACGACAAAGGGACGAGUUCGUUGAAAGAUUGAAAAAACGAGAUGAAGGAGUUACUCGGAAAGUUGCUUCUCGAUCAGAUCAAAAAGCAUAUGAAGAAGCUGCCAAAAGACUAAAGCUUGAGAAUGAGAAAGAUCGUGAAAAACUUAUCCCCAAGCUUCGGGUUGAUUCUCGAAGAAAAUAUUUGGAAAAACGUAAAGAAGACAAAGUGCUAGAACUCGAGCAGGAUAUAGUUGACGAUGAAUAUUUAUUCGAUGAUGAAGAAUUGACAGAAACUGAAAAGAAGAAUCGUGAAUAUAAGAAAACUGUUCUUGAGAUAGCCAAAGAACAUGAAAAGGCUCGCGAACUGGAACGUAUUAAACGCUAUCGUAUGCCUGAAGAUCAAAAGGAAACGAAAGACUAUGAAGAAGAUGAGAGAGAAAAAAUGCCUCAUUAUGAACAGAAAAAAUGGGAAGAGGAACAAAUGUCCUCUGCUCGAUUUCGUUUCGGAGCAAAAAACAAGAAAGAUGGUCAACCUGAUUAUGAAUUGAUUAUCGACGAGCAUUUGGAAAUUCUUGGUGGUAAAGUGGAAUUUGAACAACUUACUAAAAUUACUGGUUCCGAAGAAGAGAAAAAACCCCAGCUGACAGAAAAACAAUUGAAAAAAUUGAGUAUUGAAGAAACUAAACGUAGUCUACCGGUUUAUAAAUUCAAAAAACAGCUCAUUGAUGCCGUUGCUCAACAUCAGGUAUUGAUUAUCGAAGGUGAAACUGGUUCUGGAAAAACGACUCAGAUUCCUCAGUAUUUACAUGAAGCUGGUUAUACAAAAGAUAAGAAAAAAAUCGGGUGUACCCAACCUCGAAGAGUAGCUGCUAUGUCGGUUUCAGCUCGUGUAGCAGCCGAAAUGGGGGUCAAAUUGGGUAACGAAGUUGGUUAUAGUAUUCGUUUUGAAGACUGCACGUCAGAAAGGACUGUCAUAAAAUACAUGACCGAUGGUACAUUGCAUAGGGAAUUUUUAUCUGAACCAGAUUUAGAAUCAUACAGCGUCAUGAUUGUCGACGAAGCUCACGAAAGAACACUGCAUACCGAUAUUUUAUUCGGAUUGGUGAAGGAUGUGGCGCGAUUCAGACCAGAUUUAAAAUUGUUAAUUUCUAGUGCUACUUUGGACGCGGCUAAAUUUUCAGAAUUUUUUGACGAUGCUCCCAUUUUGAAAAUUCCAGGUAGAAGAUUUCCCGUUGAUAUAUUCUACACCAAAGGACCGGAAGCAGAUUAUAUAGACGCGUGUGUCGUAUCUGUUUUACAGAUUCAUUUGACUCAACCUUUAGGAGAUUGUUUAGUUUUCUUAACCGGUCAGGAAGAAAUUGAAACAUGUCAAGAGUUACUUCUCGAGAAGACGAGAAAAUUGGGAUCGCAAAUCAAAGAACUAAUUAUUUUGCCUAUUUAUGCAAACUUACCAACUGACAUGCAAUCUAAAAUUUUCGAACCUACGCCACCAAAUGCUCGGAAGGUGAUUUUAGCUACAAAUAUUGCCGAAACCUCGCUAACCAUUGACAACAUUAUUUACGUAAUCGAUCCAGGAUUCUGUAAGCAAAAUAGUUACAAUCCUCGUACCGGUAUGGAGACUCUAACUGUAGUUCCUAUUUCAAAGGCGAGUGCUAAUCAAAGAGCCGGCCGAGCUGGUAGAGUGGCUGCUGGAAAGUGCUUCCGUUUGUACACAUCUUGGGCUUACAAUCACGAACUCGAAGAUAACGCUGUGCCAGAAAUUCAAAGAGUUAAUUUAGGAAACGUUGUACUCAUUCUGAAAGCUCUAGGUGUCAAUAACAUUAUUCAGUUUGACUUCCUUGAUCCUCCUCCUCACGAAAGCUUAGUAAUCGCAUUAGAACAACUUUAUGCUUUGGGAGCUCUGAAUCAUAAAGGCGCUUUGACGAAAUUAGGCAGAAGAAUGGCUGAACUUCCGGUAGAUCCUAUGAUGUCAAAGAUGCUUUUAGCUUCUGAAAAAUUCAAAUGUUCUGAAGAAAUAGUAUCCAUAGCAGCCAUGUUGAGUGUAAAUAGUGCGAUAUUCUACAGGCCUAAAGAUAAAACCAUGCGAGCUGACACAGCGAGAAAAAGUUUUCAUACUCCUGGCGGAGAUCAUUUAAUGUUAUUGAAUAUUUAUAGUCAAUGGGCCGAAGCUGAUUAUAGUAUCCAAUGGUGUUACGAAAAUUUUAUUCAAUAUAGAUCAAUGAAGAGAGCUCGAGAUGUACGAGAUCAAUUAGUUAAUUUAUUACAGAGAGUAGAAGUAGAUAUGGUCUCAAAUCCAACCGAAAGUGUUAAUAUUAGAAAAUGUGUUACUGCCGGAUUUUUCUACCAUAUUGCCAAACUUUCAAAAGGUGGAAGUUAUAAAUCAGUUAAACAUAAUCAGACAGUACUCAUACAUCCGAAUAGUUCGAUGUUUGAGUCUCUACCAAGAUGGAUUCUUUACCACGAACUCGUAUUUACAACGAAAGAAUACAUGCGACAGUGCACGGAAAUAGAGAGUAAAUGGCUUUUAGAAGUGGCUCCUCACUAUUAUCAAGCCAAAGAAUUAGAAGAUUCGACCAAUACGAAAAUGCCUAAGCAAACUGGAAAGGCCAAAAGCGAAUUAAAAGAUUAAAAUUUGACUUCCCGAAUGUUGAUAACUUGAUUAUGAGUGUAACUUGUUAUAUUUUGUAUAUACAUAGAAUAAAAUCUUAUCGAUCAUGA